AGUGGAUCAGUAUUUUAUUAUCAUCUCAUACAUUUAUUAUGUUACUUUUUAUUGCAUGUUGUUUUAUCAUUAUUUAUAUAUGCUUGCCGUAUCGCCGAAUUGCUGUUUUUAGAAAUUGCCGUAUCCCGUAUCGCCGUACCCGUAUCGACGUAUCAGUGUUGCCGUAUCGGUGCUUCAUAGGCGACCACUGUUACCAGUCAAGCACCCAACGACUUGGCACCGAUCGGCACGACUUUCCCGGACUCGCAUCCUGGCCGGUCCGGUCGCAUCACUGCUCGAUCACGACGGGGCAUGGUGGAGUUCUCGUGUGUGGACGCCUUGUAGUCGAACUUUUCGGCACACCACUCACACAUUGCCCCCUCCCCCCUCCUCAUAUCACAUAUCCCCUCGCUCGUACCAUGACCAUGAAUGAAUAUCACAGUUCGUCCUCGGGAUUUGGUGCCAACAAAUAUUCUACAAACAUCAUUUGGUCGUCGUCCUCGGCGGGAGUCAUCAUCCUCCCUCACCUAUGGUCCUCCCACGGCUGGGGUCUUGCCUUCUCCUCCUCUUGGCCGCCACAGCUUCUCCGAUACUGUCCGCGGAAGCAGACGUCGGCGGCUGCACGCCCAGGAAAUGCGGCAACCUGACCGUCUUCACCCCGUUCGGCCUCGUCUCGUCCGUGUGCGCCCAGCUCGGGUUCCAGGUCCACUGCACCGACGACGUCCCCUACCUCGGGUACUACGAGCGCGACGUUGGGCUGCAGAUCCUGGAUAUCUUCUACGACAACGGCUCCCUGCUCGUCUCCGACGUCCACAAGCUCGGCGACUUCGACCUCUCCGGCGGCGGAAGCCGUUGCCAUGUCCCCACGGCCAACACGGCAACGAGAGUUGGGCAUCCGUUCUCCAUCAGCCCACUCAACCAGAACCUCGUCUUCUACAACUGCACCAAGGCGCCGACGAAGGGGGCGGCGGGGCUGGUGGAGACGGCGUGCCGGAACAACACGUUUGUCCGUGCGGGAGGGCGGUACAACGAGUCCGGCGGGAUCGGCGGCGGCUACGGUUUGGAGGGCUGCACCGCCACCGCCGUGCCGGUGCUUGGGGCGACUGGGAAGGUGAAUGCCAGCCACUAUCAGCAGCUCAUCAGCGAUGGCUUCGUCCUCACAUGGCAGCCGCCGACUGCUGCCGGUAGCGGUAGCAAGGGGACUAGCAAGAAGGUUAUGCUAAUAGCUGUAAUAUCAGGAGCUGGAACCUUGCUCUUGACAUGUUUUUAUAUGCUGGUAUGGCGCAAAAAAGGGAAAAGACUAUGGCUUCACCUUUGCAAGAAGACUAGCAGCAACACCGAGAAGAAUUACGAGGCCAUGCUAGUAUCGUACGGAUCCCUAGCUCCAAAAAGAUACACGUAUUCAGAGGUAAUGAAGAUAACGUCUUCUCGCAAUGACCAGCUUGGAAAAGGAGGUUAUGGUGUCGUUUUCAAAGGAAAACUACAUGAUGGCCGUCUGGUUGCGGCCAAAUUCUUGCAUGACUGCAAAGGAAACGGGGACGAGUUUGUUAAUGAAGUUAUGAGCAUUGGAAGGACCUCCCAUGUUAAUGUUGUUAGCUUAUAUGGGUUUUGUUUGGAGGGAUCAAAGCGAGCUCUUAUAUAUGAGUACAUGCCCAAUGGUUCCCUGGAUAAGUACAUUUAUUCAGAGCACCCCAAAGAAAUUUUAGGAUGGGAGAGGCUUUAUGCGAUAGCAAUGGGGAUUUCUCGUGGCCUCGAAUACUUGCACUACAGCUGUAAUACACGUAUCGUCCAUUUUGAUAUCAAGCCCCAAAAUAUCCUUCUAGACAUAGAGUUUAACCCAAAGAUUGCUGAUUUUGGUUUAGCUAAAUUGUGUCAUACAAAGGAGAGCAAGCUUUCAAUGACUGGAGCUAGAGGAACAAUUGGAUUCAUCGCCCCAGAAGUUCACUCUCGAACCUUCGGACUGGUUUCAACAAAGUCAGAUGUUUAUAGUUAUGGAAUGAUGCUGCUGGAGAUGGUCGGAGGCAGGAGAAACGUAAAAUCAAUUGUUGCGAAAUCUAGUGAAAAGUAUUUUCCAGACUGGAUUUAUGACCACUUUGCGCAAGAUGAUGGAUUACAAGCAUGUGAAGUGACAAGGGAAAUUGAGGAGAUUGCGAGAAAGAUGACAUUCAUUGGCUUGUGGUGCAUACAAGUAUUACCUGUGCAUCGCCCAACUAUAACAAAAGUUCUAGAGAUGUUUGAGAGAAGCUUAGAUGAUCUGGACAUGCCACCGAAGCAGAACUUCUGUGAACUACUAGAAAGUUCAGCUCACAAUAUGGAUGUAGAGAGUGCAAGUUCUACCAGAUCGGAGAAGACAAGCCUUGCGAAUUCAAAAAUCCUACAACGACGGCCAACUCUUUGAGCAAAUAUAAGCCUUCUGAAUCAAAGAAACCUACAUUGAUUGUCAACGCUUAGAGAAGGUGGCAUGUACUAGAGUGCAUUCAGAAAUUAAACAAGGGCAAUGAAACUUGGCAUUGUAGUAGAACAUUUCCAUGUAUGCAGCAUGAGCAUGACCAAGAGUCAACAACAUCUGCAUGCUAGUAACCUAAUUUACCGACAAGUAAUAAAAUUUGUUCUGGUGACUUUUGUGUUCCAA